AUGGCUGCAUCUUUUGUAACCAUCGCAGCGUUCGCAGUUUAUGAAGAAAAUAUUGAUGAUAAAGAAUUUGAUGUCGAUUUGGAAGAGGUAACGGACAGAAAGGGAAAAAUACUGUUCCCUUUCGUAAGCAUAGUUCGCUUCGCAAACACUGAUUGCUCGAGUGCUAACACUAUGAAUGGUACUUGCUUGGCGCGCAGAGAAUGCAAUAAUCUUAACGGGACCAUCACAGGAACGUGCGCUUCUAGAAGAGGGAGGUGUUGCAUCGUUUCAAGGAGCUGUGGAUCCACUACUAACGUUAACAACACUUACUUCACAAGCCCCGGAUACCCGGCUGCGUACGCCGGCGGCCAGAGCUGCAGUAUCAUAGUCAAUCGCUGUAACGCUGACAUCUGUCAGCUUCGUAUAGAUUUCUUGGACAUGGUGCUAGCACAGCCAAAUGGUGACGGCGUGUGUGCAACAGACGCCAUUACCAUCACCGGUGGAAACACUAUAGUGCCCACCAUCUGUGGUGACAAUACGGGCCAAACCCUGUUCGUGGACUUUAACGGAAACACAGCUAUAACCAUUACAGUCACAGCAACUUCGGCCACAACGUUCUCCAGAAGAUGGAACCUCAGGCUCAUUCAGCUUGGUUGCGAUUGUCCGGGUAUAGCUCCUAACGGUUGCUUGCAGUACUAUACGGGCGUAACUGGCACCAUAAAUAGUUUCAAUUAUGGUACGACCUCAAACACGGCGCUCAGUUCCUCCCUUGUCACGGGCACGCGGCAGAUCGCCAACUUGAACUACGGUAUAUGUAUCCGAAUGGAGGCAGGGUACUGUGCUAUACAGUAUGCUCAGGCCUCAAGUGAUGCCUAUUCGUUCACUGUGACCGGCGACGUGGAGGGAGCCGACAGCACUGUUCUCGGUACGACAAUAGGCGCAUUGAAUGGUAUCACGUGUACUACUGAUUUCGUGGUUAUUCCUAAUCCGACGAUCGUAUCCACUGGUGUCUCAGUCGGCAGCGAUCGUUUUUGUGGUCUCGGAUUUGUCACCGUUCAAAGUGCAGCGAAGCCUUUCGUGCUUUACGUCGUGACAAACGGAGACGAAGGUGCAACUGCUACAUCCGCGCCUGACGUCGCUAAUCGAGGAUUUUCAAUCAGUUAUUCACAAAUUGCUUGUUAA